AUGAAGAUGAGCCACCACGAGGGCUCGAAGCAAUUUGCAGCGUUGGCUCCCGGACCGCCGCGCAUGUUCGCUCCGCAGACGUCAACUGCUGUCACCUGCCUGGCAUGCAAAGCAGCUAAGAGGAAGUGUUCUGGACCAGAUGCUCCAUGCAAAGCUUGUCGAUCCGCCAACACUGAAUGCCACUUCGAUCCAAGUCGAGACCUCAGACGAAAGGUUGCCGUCAAGCGGACGAUCCAGGAGCUCACAAAUCAUAAAGAUCUACUAGAGUCUUUGUUAAGCACCCUGAGAUCUGCUGAUCAACCCCAAUUUGACAAAGUGAUGGAUUUGAUUCGGAACAAGGCUUCAUUCCAGGAUAUCGCUCAUGCCGUCGGAAGCCCCGCCACGACGUUCGGUGACCCCCAAGAAUUGUCAAAUGCCAGCAGAUUGGCAAUUUUGGAGUACGGGGAGCAUCCCAUAGAAGCCUCAGGCAAUGGAGUGAGGCGGUCGUCGGACCCUAGCACGAUAGCAAGCUCACCAGAAGAGAUUUCGAACAUGAAAGCCCCACAAUGGCCAGCAGUCAGCCCUUAUGCUCGUGUCACACUGGAGAGGCUCUGCGACAUACCUCUCUUUGAGGUGCCGGCAAAGCCGUGGACGAAAGUCACAGAUGAUGAUUACCUGGUCUCGCACUUGGUCUCGCUCUACUUUACCUGGGACCAUCCAUGCUCGCAAUUCCUUGAUCAACGUAUCUUCCUCGAACAUAUGAAACGCGGCGAUCAGACAUCCGAGUUCUGCACGCCGCUUCUCGUAAAUAGCCUAUUGUCAAUGGCCAGCGCCUACUCUGAUAGCCCUGAUGUACUUUCCACACCCGAGAACGUGUUUUCGCGGGGUCAGAACUUCUUCCGUGAGGCACAAAGAUUGUGGGAAGUCGAAGACGAUGAGCACGACCUGCCUAAUAUCCAAGCUCUCCUCGUGAUGUGUUGUGUAUUUAAAUGCCAAGGACGAGUCAGGAAAAGCUGGAUGAUGCUUAAUCAAGCUGUUCAGCUGGCACGGGAUAUAGGACUCUUUGAUACUCCAGCAGUGUUUAAAAACAAGGUGUCGCCAGAGAUAGAACGGGUGCGCUCGAUCACUGCCUGGGGUGUCUUCAAUAUGAGCUUACAAAUGUCGACUGAGCUGCAGAAAAUUGUCCCUUUGCCAUACCCCACAUCCGAUGUUAAACUAUGUGGCAGUGAGGACUUUGACUGGACCCCGUAUCCUCGCUCAAACAAAAUCACAUAUGACAAAAAGCCAGCCCGAUUCCCGGAAAUUAGGCAGGGAAUGGCUGGGAUCACCAGAAUCUUAGUCGAUGUUCAAAGGCUCAUUUCUGAAAGAAACCGAGGCACCAGCCUUGAUGAGUUGUGGAGAAAAGCCGAAGAACCAUUUGAUCGUUUGGAUGCCUGGCUGCAACACUGGCCGAGCGUGCCCGAGAUACAACAGAAUCCGGUCCCACAAGUUCUUCUCCUGCGAAUUAAAUGUCUCCAGGCCGUCAUAAAUCUGAUUGAGAUUUUGAAUCACCCCCAUCAGCCGCAUUCCGUGCUACAGGCCCAAUUUUAUCAGGUAAAGGCGGCUGAGGAAACUGCGCAAUGUCUUCGCAUCCAUCAUCAGUCGUAUGGCCUGGAGCAUAUACCCAGUCAGGUAGUUGAUGCCGUACAAACAGGUCUUCGGAUCUUGGUUCAUCGGUUGGAAGAGAGUGAUGAAUCAAAACAGGCAUUUACUGAACUCUGUCGGUUUGGAACGGCUCUUAGUCACAGGUUUAAGCAAACAGCCGAGGUGAUUCAUGAGAUCAGGAAAAAAGCGCUGCACCUAAAUCUCCGGUUACCACCUGAGGCUGUUGCAAUCUUCGAUAAUCCGGAACAGUGGAGGAGUCUUGGGCCCUGA